AUGGCGGCGUCUGGCAGCGGCGGCAGCCGGGCGGAUAACGGCUACGGCAGCCAGCAGCCGCGGCGGAGGAAGGGCCCGGGCGCCCUGGCCACGGCCUACCUCGUUAUCUACAACGUGGUGAUGACGGCGGGAUGGCUUGUUAUUGCAGUUGGUCUAGUUCGAGCAUACCUGGCUAAAGGUAGCUACCAUAGCCUUUACUAUUCAAUAGAAAAACCCCUGAAAUUCUUCCAAACUGGAGCUUUGCUUGAGAUUCUGCACUGUGCAUUUGGCAUUGUUCCUUCUUCUGUUGUUCUGACUGCUUUCCAAGUGAUGUCAAGGGUUUUCCUGACGUGGGCAGUAACACAUAGUGUAAAAGAGGUACAAACUGAAGAUAGUGUCCUGUUGUUUGUGGUGGCCUGGACAAUCACUGAAAUAAUCCGUUAUUCUUUUUAUACAUUUAGCUUGUUAAACCAUCUCCCUUAUCUCAUCAAAUGGGCCAGGUACACUUUGUUUAUAGUAUUGUAUCCAAUGGGAGUCUCAGGCGAAUUACUCACAAUAUAUGCUGCAUUACCCUUCGUCAGGCAGUCUGGCUUGUAUUCCAUUAGUUUACCUAACAAGUACAAUUUUUCUUUUGACUACUAUACAUUCCUGAUCCUGGUUAUGAUCUCUUACAUUCCAAUCUUUCCUCAGCUGUAUUUUCAUAUGCUGCAUCAGAGGCGAAAGGUACUCUCCCACACUGAAGAACACAAGAAGUCGGAGUAAUUCCAACUCUUUUUCAGAACUUUUCAAACAUCAAAAUGCUGCAGAUUUUCAAUACCCAGCACAUUUAUAAAGAAAAUACCAAGAUAAAAUAAGUCAGAGGUAAAAGACCAAUAAUUUAGCAAGAAUAACCAAUAAAUCUGAUUUCACUGAAAUUCCACAAUGUAAAACAUUGAAAUAAUUUUCAGCUUGCAGUGCUUCAGAAAACUUUAAAACUUUAUAUGGCUUGGCAGUUAGCCUUUUCCUUAAAUGAUGUGCUAAAUGGUUUUCAUUUAUUACUAAAUGCCUGAAGGUUGCAGUAUGAGUGAUGAAGUUGUACCCACUAAAUGCUUGAAUUGGGAUUAUAUUACUGAUACCUCUUUUGUUUAAGUGCUUGACUGCAUGCCAGAAACUGUAUGUAUUGCUGUGAAAGCAAACAAUAUGCUCUGGAAUACUUUAGGAUUUUGUCAGAGACUCCAGUGGAGAAUGUAAUCCAGGCAAAGUGUUUGAAUUUAGAAAAGUAGGUUGUGUAUUUAAAAGGUGAUGGGAACGAGAACAGGAAACUAAUUAUGGGAAAUGAGGGGAAUGUGGUUCUUCAGGAAUUUAAACAGUAGGGUGUCUGACCAGAGUGUGUUCUCUGAAGAUCUUGUUUAAGCUGAUUACUCAAAUGCUAAUGUUAAUUCAGAGGCUCUAAUGCUUAUCUGAAAACAUUAAAACUCCUCUAAGUACUGCAUCCCUGGAUACUUUUUUAAAUAUUAAAAAAAAAAAAUACUAACUGUAAUAUUUCUAGUGAUAUCAGUAAUGAAUCUAAACAAUAUAAGGAGGCAGGUCACCCAGAAACAGGUGCAGUUCUCCCUUUUUUAAUUUAAAUUAUCAUCUCUAAUCACUGUCCACUAUCUCAGUGGUACUCAUCUUUCAGUGUUGAGGACUAUUUGAUCUACUGUGGAAUCAUUUGAGGGCCUUGUUCCUCAACCUAACUUUUCUCAAGUGACUAAUGUGUAUCACUGUGGCACAUCCAAGCAGGCAGGCAGUUCCGGGCACUCAGCUUCUGAAAUGUUGCAAAGUCAUAAGCUCCUUCUUUGAAAGCAGAUUAUCUCGUGUGUUACAUGCUGCUUUUGCAGAUUGGACAAGCCUUCCCUCAUCUGCUCUUUUGAAAGAGCAGAAGACCAUAGAAAGUUAAAUUUUCCUAGGUGCUUUCUCUGGGUUCUCAGGCUAAGCCUUCCCUUGAGAAGGUAAAACAGAAAAUGAAAGAACUGAGAAAACCUUGUGGUGAGGCAGAAAGCGGUAAUGCUGUGUGAGCAGUGCCCCAGGUUAUGAACAAACUGUUGAUUGGGGGCAGGGGGUCGGGAAUGGAGGGGACAAAGGGAGCAGGGAAAAGAACACACAUCCAAGCAAAGGCAAAAGGAAAUGUAGGUUAUGGCCUUUGCCCUGUUAGGAAUUGAUAGUCAGAUAGUCCUAUCUGCACACAGUCAGAGCCACUAGACAACAACACAAGGGCUUCUCUGGCUUCCCUCUUGUAACAUGAUGAUUUAGUGAAUAAAUGAGGUGUGACCCCUACUGUGGUACCUGCAAUACUAGCCUCAUGCUGUGCCUGCCAGCACCUCCCCCUGGACGUGGCCCAUAUCUGUGUCCCAGUUACUCAUGCUUGACGCAUCGCAGCUCUCCCUAAACAUAGCCAGUAAGUACUAAGGGCACAGGCUCUCUGUUCUAGCCCUUGGGAGAGCUGGAUUUACAGUUACUUUGGUUUAUGUUUGUCAGAGCUGUAUUUAAAAAAAAAAAACAACUUUGCAUUUUUCGGUAAUUUCCUUUGGCUCCAUCAGAAAGUCUGACUGAAUUUUCCUAGUGCUCCAUAACAUGUAUAAAGUGGAAACCUUUCCUGUUCAACACAAACAGGACUGUUGUAAGCAGGGACAGGGUAAGAGACAGUAAUGAUCUUUGCUUCUAUUUUAAACCUUUUGGAGACAGUUAUUGGCUGUAAUCAAAAAUGCUAUGGCCAUAUACAACCUCAAAGUGGUUUUGCAUUCAAAGAUGCAACAAUUUCAAUUCAUUUCUCCAUUAGGUUAUGUGGUGCUUUGUUGUAGUGAUCUGGAAAAUGUUGCAUUAUACUGAACUCAUUGUUCAAAAGUGUAAACUUCCAGCUCUGAACAAAACAUCUACUUUUCCUUAUACUUGCUAUGAAAGGAGUUAGUGUCAGUACUUCUGAAGGAUGUCAUCUAAAAGAUCUGAUUUCCUGAUGUACUCAGGUUACUGGAUAUUGUCGGUGCUCAGCUCCUGAACUUUUCUUGAUUUGAUUUCUGUGCCCAAAUAAAAGAUUUGGUUUCAAAUUUGUUGGUCCAAUUUGGAGAAGAAAAUGGCUGUGUAAUAUUCCUGUAUGAAACAAACUCAUAGGUCUGUUGAUGAGAAGAUGUAGUACAUACCUGUAUUAGAUAGCAUUGGCACUACAGAAAAGCAGAGAGAGCUGCCAGUAGCGAGUAAGCUUGUACAGCCAACAUCUUUACUGAAUAAGCUUUAUUAUGGAAUAUUUACUUUAAUUGAAAAUAUUAAUUUACCACACAAAUGCAAAUAAACUAGUCUUUUAAAAGAUAAUGGAGUUAUUUUUCCUUUUAAAAGAAAUUGCUUUGAUAGUAAGAAAUCUAUCAGCAAAGUUGAUUUAAAAAUUAUAUUCUGAAGUAUGAACAUGCAGUUAGUAUGUACAAGAAUUCCAGCACUUCAGCUUGCAGUGCUUUUUCAAGUUUAGCUUCCGUGGAGAUCACUGGAAGGUGAUCUUGCGUAAGAACUGUAGUGCAAUGCCCCAAUACUGUUUGGGUUUUUCCCUAAUAUGGACUUCGGUCACAUGUGUAGGUGUUUUCCUCCUCAUAAAAUAAGAACAAAUUUCCCCUCAUCUGUCACUGAAAUUGUAACAUGGUUUAUGUGAACUUUAUAAUAGAAGCUUUGAUUAGUACUCUUUGUCACAAAUCUAGAGGGUAUUUUUUUCCCCACAGACUAUUUACUUGGCUUGCAUGUUUUCUAUCAGCGUCACCAAACUUCUGCAGCAGAUAUGGUUUCUGCGUUGGUAGUCUUUGUGUUUUGUGCACUGGUUCAGUCGACAAUACUUUAUGUUCCACCACGCCGGCUUUGUCUGAGUUAGUCAUUACCCUCUAAAAGACCAAGGUUCUUACCAGUGUAUAGUUUACAACUGGAAUUGUAGAAAUGUUCAUAUUGUAAAUUACAGUAAGAUGCGGGUUACAGUGCAGGUUAAAUGUAAUUUUUCACAAUGUGAUAUUUCUAUCAAAGUUUUUUUUUUUAUUAUUUAUCAGUAGAAAGGUUGGCAUUUGUGUGGACCAAUCUGCAGUGUCAUUUUAAAACCUAUCUUUCAGCUUAAAAUUUUCAUGGGUAUACAUCAAAUCAUACGUUUUGAUGUAUAUGUCAGUGAAAUUUGGGUGAAAACUAUAUACAGUCAUUUUUGUAUUUUUUUCUAUGUUGUGAAGAAUAAAAUUGUAAUUUUAUAAGUCUGAUUCACUAAGAUUAUUAUAAGUUCAAUGUAUUUUUUGUAUAUUUAGGAAUCUGGUAUUACCUGGAGCUCUGAAAGAUUAAGCAUAGACUUUUUAUGCAUGGUUGGAAGAUAUUUCUACUUGAUAAUGCAGUGAAAUGGUUUGUAUGCUAAAAUACUAGUCCGUGUUGUUGCCUUGUGAAAUUGAUUCUGUGCUCUCUGCCUGGAUUUGGCCUACUGAUCGGUGAUACGAAUUGCUAUAAUCCAAAUAAAAUAAUUCUGAACAAAAUAUGUUGUAUUGUUACUGUUUGGGGAACAAAAGCAGAUACUUUAUAAAUGUGAAUUAGGGCUGUAUUUUUAUUCAUUUCUAUAUAAUGUAUACCUUGCAAUUUACAAGAUCUUUUGGCAUACAUAACUUUUGAGCUCAAACAAAAGAAUUAAGCAAGUUGAUAGUGUUACAAAUGCUCUGCUUUUCACUUUUUUAAAAGACGUAUUCAUAACAACAUGUUAACUGACUAUGUUAACAUUCAAACUUACAACUUCCUGAAGGAUCCUCAAUAGAAUGCAAGUUCUUUGUUCUCCUGUUAUCUGUACUCUAGAUAGUGAUGGUUUUCUACAAAAGCAAAAUUGUUUGAGUAUAUAAAUAUAGUGGAAUGCUUAACUAAUGCAACAGAAUGCUUCACUGUUCACUUACUAAAUAGAAUAUGUCUGCUACCACAGCAAUGUUCUUAGCAUUUUUAACACUUCCUGAGAAAGAUUUAAAUACUGUGUCUAGAUGCCAUUAAUGUUCAUAAAUAACAAGUUAUAAUCCUCUAAUACGAACCGCGUAUUAGUUGCAGAGUGAGUGCUAUUAUUCUAGGCAUAUGCUUGUCAUAAGAUUGCACAACUACAGUGAUUUUUUUGUUUGAUUGCAGACGGGAUGAAGUAAUGUUGUCAUGCCCAGCAUCAGCACGUCCUACGCAUGAUAGCUGUGACUUAGCACUACUGUGUAAUUAAAAACUUCUCUUUGAAAUGUUAUGCCGUGAAGAGUGGUGCUGAGCUCCAUUUGUGCCUUAGAGUAACUAUUACUGGUUAUGUGUGUUUCCUCUUUGCAUUUUGAAAACAGUAUGUGUGGAAACAAUUUUAGUUACCCAGGGUAACAUUAAGAAGUCUGAAAAGCAUAAGGAUUCUGUGUUUGUAAGCAAAUUAAUUUCACAAUAGUAUUUAAGGCUCAUCUUAAAUAAAGCACUGGAAGUUCUUUACAUAAGACUUGAGGAAGGAUUUGUGCUGGUGUGCUGAGUAUAAAAUAAAAAAG